GCACAAUGUGACCGGCAUCAGUACGCGCAUUGCGCUCAGCGGCAUCAGAUCGUGCCAGUGAAUCGUGCCCGCCUCCUUCCGCCCACUACGCGAGUGAGUGACUGUGUGCGUGUGCUUGUGUUUUAAAAAAAACUAGAAAAUACGCACGCCUAUUUGUGCAUAUCGAAGAAGAGAAAUAUAUAGAGACAGAGAAGCGAACAGCUAGCUAGCUAGCUGGGGCUAUCGACUUCCUGUCUAGUGGCACUUACGCUUCUAAUUCCCGGUCGUAUCCACACGCGUGCUGCAGCGACUCUGACGCGGAUUUCAAUUGCAUAACGAGAGCAAAAGAGAAUCGGAGAAAGAAAGGAGAGAGCGACAGCGACACUGGCAGGACUUUGUGCAAACUCCAAUCGCCUGUUAUACACAAUUUUUUCUUGCUUCGCCUGAGACUGGGGAAAAAGAGACGCCACCACAAUGCAUACGCCGGGUAGCAAAGUGUCGGGCUACAUUGUCCUGAUGAUUGUGCAAAUAAUUUUCCUGGUGCUAUUCUGGGUGUUCGUGCGUUACGAGAAGGCUGUGCUCCCGGCGCCAAUCGCAGCUGAAGACGCUGGAUCAGCAAAGGAACACGUUUCGAAAUAUCCGCAAUUCCAGGAUAUUCAAGUUAUGAUAUUCAUUGGCUUCGGUUUCCUGAUGACGUUUCUGCGUAAAUAUGGCUACAGUGCUACAGGUUAUACUCUCUUUAUGGCUGCCCUCGUCGUGCAGUGGGCUGUGCUGAUGAAGGGUUUCCUUCACAUGGAAGGUGGCAAGAUCAGCCUUUCACUGGAGAGCAUCAUCGAUGCGGAUAUUGCAGCUGCCGUGCCCUUAAUCAGCAUGGGAGCUUUGCUUGGACGCACCACGCCCAUUCAGCUGCUUUGCAUGUCCAUCUUUGAGGUGGCGCUGUUUGCGGGCAACGAGUAUUUGGCUCUCAAUAUACUGAGUAUCUGCGAUUGUGGCGGCUCCAUAACUGUGCACGCUUUUGGCGCCUACUUUGGCCUCGCUGUGGCUUUGAUGUUGCGUCCUGCCAGCGACCAGAAUGAUGCAGGCAAGCAUGAAGGUGCCAACUAUGUGUCCGAUUUAUUCGCCAUGAUCGGCACCACUUUCCUGUGGGUCUACUGGCCCAGCUUCAACUCGGUGCUGGCCGAGGGAUCCGGCGGAGAACGCGCCAUCUUGAACACGUUCCUAUCAUUAGCCGCGGCAACAGUGACCACCUUCGUUGUAUCCGCACUUGUCAGCCAUGAGAAUAAAUUGGAUAUGGUGCACGUGCAGAAUUCGACGCUGGCGGGCGGUGUUGCUGUUGGCACCGUUUGCAACUUGCUGCUCGGCGCACACGGCGCUGUCUUAAUUGGCAUUAUCGCUGGCACGGUUUCGGUGCUCGGCUAUCGCUAUUUAACCCCCUGGCUGACCAGUAAUCUGAGAAUACACGACACCUGUGGCGUACACAAUCUGCAUGGAAUGCCAGCCCUUAUCUCGGCCAUUGCCUCAGCAAUUGUCGCAUCUAUGGUCACCGCAGAUGACUAUCAAUCCGAGCUGCAAGACAUUUUCCCAGCCAUGGUGCAUGGCAACAAUGGCACAGUGACCAAAAUUAUGGGCGGUCUUGGACGUAAUGCGAGCACACAGGCUGGCUAUCAGCUAUUUGGCAUUGCUGUAACACUACUCAUUGCGAUUGGAGGUGGUAUUUUGGCAGGUGGAGUCAUGAAGUACACUAGCUUCCGCAAUUUGGAGAAGGAUGAACAGCAUCAGGACGAACAGUAUUGGGAAGUGCCAGCCGUGGAGAACAAAGAGGAAUAUGAACUAAAAAUUACUGACGAGCUUUUGUUAUAAACAAAGGCAACGACAGUUGCAGCUGCAGCACUCGAAACAACAACAGCAACAGCAGCUCACAGAGUCCUGACAAUCCUUUGUGUGUGCUCUCUGCUUGUCUCGCUUAAUUUUUGUAGACAUUUGUCGCAUUCAAUUAAAAAGUUCAACAAAUUUACACAUUUAAUUAGCACAGCAACGCACAGCAAUAAUAUAAACAACAAAAAAACAUACAAAAAAAAAUAAUGAAAUGAAAAAUCUGAAAUAAAAUUGCGAGUAAAAUGUA